AUGUCAAAAGCACAAGCCGUCGGUAGUAACUACAGAGUAUCACUCGGUCUUCCAGUUGGUGCUGUCAUGAACAGUGCUGAUAAUUCUGGUGCCAAAAAUUUAUACGUCAUUGCCGUCAAAGGUAUCAAAGGUCGUUUAAAUAGAUUACCAUCCGCAGGUGUUGGUGAUAUGGUCAUGGCUACCGUCAAAAAGGGUAAACCAGAAUUAAGAAAGAAAGUUUGCACUGGUUUAGUUGUCAGACAAAGAAAACACUGGAAGAGAAAGGAUGGUGUUUACAUCUAUUUCGAAGAUAACGCUGGUGUUAUGUGUAAUCCAAAAGGUGAAGUCAAAGGUAACAUUCUCGGACCAGUCGCCAAGGAAUGCUCCGAUUUAUGGCCAAAGGUUGCCACCAAUGCCGGUACCAUUGUUUAA